AAGACACUCCUGCGCUUCUGCAUCGCAAUUGGUCCGGGGCUGCUAUUUCAGUGUAGCGGGCUCGCCACAUCUGGUCACUCACUGGCGGAUAGCUGCCCUUCACGGCAGCAGCAACGUGGGUCGCGCAACCCUUGGCGGCUGAACUCCGUAGUUCCAAGGAACGUACGCUGCCAGUCUGCGCGACCCUGGGUUUGAUUAAGAUGUCAUCCGGCGCCGAAGAUGGGUCCCCUUCUCCAGAGCCUGGCAUUGAGCAAGAAGUGGGCAUCAUGGCGGAGACCAAAGUUGAGCGUCCUUCUUCCGAGGAGAAGUCACCUUCACAAGCUAGCAAUGGCAACAGUCAGCCUGCUAAGCCGAACGCAAAGGACCCGUCACGGCCAAGAAGGAAGAAGGCGCGGCGAGCUUGCUUUGCUUGUCAGCGGGCACAUUUGACCUGUGGCGACGAACGGCCCUGCUUGAGAUGCAUUAAGCGUGGCCUGCAGGAUCAAUGCCACGAUGGUGUCCGCAAGAAGGCGAAGUAUCUGCAUGAUGCGCCCCCGGAGGCACUUAUUCCAGGCUUCGCUGGCAAUUACCUCAAUGGAGGUCACAUGCCCACAGGUUCCGGGGCCCCCCCCAUGACUGUCAAUGGCGCAGGCGUCGCUCAACCCGCCUAUUACUCGCCCAAUGCCCCUGCUCAUUACCAACACUUCCCCCAAGUCACUCAACCAAGCCAGAUGGCACCGCCGUUAAUGGAGAACAGCAACUUGACAAGCGACUACACUUCUCAAGGCAACGUCGAAACACCGCCUCGGUAUCGGUCGGCGUCAAGUCAGCAAGUCUCGCCCGCUCAAGAUAUGACAACUCAUGUAGACGCCGGUGCUACGCUUGACACCACCGGACCGGGUUCCUUCGAUUCCUCCUUCUUCGAUGCGAACGAUCCCGCAUUGUUCAACUUCAAUAUCUCUGACCUCAACUUCGGCAACCAUUACGGAGCCUUGGAGUUCGGAAUGCUCGGUCACAUGUCCGGUGCCGUAGGCACUCCUGAGGUCGAUAUUAUGAAUCCUAUUGGCCAGUAUGACGGUUCCUCUGGCUUUGCCGGCACGUACGGGUUCAACCAGGCCUUCCCUUCGUGGCAAACUAUACCGAACGCUGGAUCUCGCCAAAGCAGCUCUACCAACAUCUGGAACCCGACCGGUAUGGAUGCCUUUGCGAUAGCUGAGCCAAAUGGCAUGGGUCAGAGCCCACAUUCGCAAAGCUAUGGAUUGUCACCGGAGACGCAAUACGCACAGCCGGAUCACUCUAACCAACAGGAUCUGCUUAGGCAAAGCAUUUCGCAAGCUCAGCAGCAGCAGCGAAAAUCGAGCGCGUUCCCAGGGAACCCUACGCAAGACCCGUCUCGCAAGCGUCGACGCGAGACCGCUGAGAUCUACUCUUCUGUGCAGGCACCAUAUUCGUAUACUCAAGGUUUUCACGCACUCACCGCAUUCCUGCAGAAGCGCUUCCCUCAGAAAAAGGUGCUUCGCAUCGCUAAAGCGCUGGCCGCUAUUAGGCCAUCUUUCAUCUCGUGCAAUCAGAAUCUCAACCACGAUGAUUUGAUCUUCAUGGAGAAGUGCUUUCAGCGGACGCUGUGCGAGUAUGAGGACUUUGUUAACCAUUACGGCACGCCGACCAUAAUUUGUCGGCGGACUGGUGAAAUUGCUGCAGUAAGCAAAGAGUUCUCAUUAGUUACCGGCUGGCGCAGAGACGUGCUGCUUGGGAAGGAGCCCAAUCUUAAUGUCAACGUUGGCGGCAGUAUAUCUGGUACUCAGACCGGCAACAGCUCUCGCGGCGCUGCAACACCACGCCUUGCAACUGCCGAGAUAGAUACUGGCCGGCCGCAGCCCGUCUUUCUUGCAGAGCUGCUAGACGAGGACAGCGUUGUCCGUUUCUAUGAGCACUUCCAGGAGAUUGCCUUCGGCGCGUCUAGAGAUGCAAUCAUCGGUGAAGCUUGCUCUUUGCUGAAAUACAGAACGAAGCACGAUCCGGGCUGGGGUCCCAAUGAUAAUCUAAUCGACGAUGGCAACCGAGUCAAGAGACAACAUGAUGGUAGGGAGGAGUCACUCAUCAAAGGGGAGGCUGGGAUGAAUACUCUGGGUGAGAGAGACGGCAGGGUAGAGUGUUCCAUGUGCUGGACUGUGAAGAGAGAUGUUUUUGACAUCCCAAUGCUCAUUGUCAUGAAUUUCCUUCCUAUUAUCUGAUGACUCUACAGCCCGCUAUCAACUGCCGGUCUAUGUAUGAAUAGCCUUGAGCACAUGAGGGAUGCCUCUGGCGGUAAGGCUUCUGAUCGAUAACAUGUCCACCGCUGGAACGGUGGAUGGCGUCGCGAUGGCCGUCAUGUCGAUCAAACGAAAGCCAAUGAGACCGGUCAAU